UUGUAUCGAAAGUGCGGGACUGAUUUGUCGCGCAGGCGCGUUCGAGUCGAAUCUGUCGAUCAGGAAGUUAAAAUGCGUCCGUAGACGUCACUCAUUGUAAAGCUACCAUGGCAGCCACUAAAGCCUCCAAAGAACAGAAAUACGACAGGCAACUCAGGCUGUGGGGUGACCAUGGUCAAGAAACACUGGAGAAUGCACAUGUUUGUCUCAUCAAUGCCACAGCAACUGGGACAGAGAUACUGAAGAACUUGGUGCUUCCAGGCAUUGGAGCAUUCACCAUAGUUGAUGGACACACAGUUACUGGGGAAGAUGUUGGAAACAACUUUUUUCUUAGCAACAACAGCAUUGGAAAGAACAGAGCACAGGCUGCCACUGAGCUGCUACAAGAACUUAACAGUGAUGUCUCUGGAAACUUUGUUGAGGAGAGUCCAGACAAGCUUCUGGACAAUGAUCCAGAGUUCUUCCACAGGUUUACCAUAGUCAUCGGUGUCCAGUUGCCAGAAAGCACAUGUUUGAGGCUGGGCUCAGUCCUGUGGAGUGCCUCUGUACCUUUCCUUAUCUGUAAAACCUACGGCCUGAUCGGCUACAUGAGACUGGUGGUGCAGGAGCAUACAGUGAUUGAAUCUCACCCAGACAAUGCCUUGGAGGAUCUGAGGUUAGACCAGCCUUUUGCUGAAUUCAAGAACCACAUUCAGUCCUACGACCUUGACAGCAUGGACAAGAAGGACCACAGUCACACUCCAUGGAUUAUUAUUGUAGCUAAAUACCUGGAAAAAUGGCUCAGUGAGCACAACGGUCAGCCACCGAAAAAUUACAAGGAGAAAGAGGCCUUCAGGCAGUGUAUUCGGGAAGGGAUCCGGAAGAAAGAGAAUGGUGUCCCAGAGGACGAAGAAAACUUUGAGGAAGCUAUUAAGAAUGUCAACACUGCUCUGAACCCAACCAAGGUUCCUAGUGCUGUUGAAGACCUUUUCAAUAGUGUGCAGUGUAAUGACAUCACAUCACAGACGCUGUCGUUCUGGGUGAUGCUGCGAGCUGUGAAGGAGUUUGUUCUCAAUGAAGGCAACGGAAGCCUACCUGUACGAGGAACCAUCCCAGAUAUGAUCGCUGACUCUCAGAAGUUCAUCAACCUUCAAAAUGUUUACAGGGAAAAGGCAAUGCAGGAUGCUGCAGCUGUUUCUAAGCACGUAGAAUGUCUUCUGCAGUCUUUUGGAAAGCCACCAGAGAGCAUCUCUGAAAAGGACAUCAAACUGUUCUGUAAGAAUGCCUCCUUCCUAAGGGUGGUGCGCUGCAGGUCAUUGGCUGAAGAAUACAGCGUGGAUUCAGUAAAUAAAGACGAAAUCACGUCGUGCAUGGACAAUCCAGACAGCGAGAUGGUCUUCUACCUCAUGCUUCGUGCUGUUGACCGUUUCUACCAGCAGCACUCCCGCUACCCAGGAGUUUAUAACUACCAGGUGGAGGACGACAUCAGCAAGCUGAAGCUCUGUGUGAACAACCUGCUGCAGGAGUACAGCCUCAACGUCAAUAUCAAAGACGAUUACAUCCAUGAGUUCUGUCGAUAUGGUGCAGCCGAGCCACACACAGUUGCUGCAUUUUUGGGAGGAUCGGCUGCUCAGGAGGCCAUCAAGAUCGUCAGCCACCAGUUUGUGCCGUUCAGCAACACUUUCAUUUACAACGCCAUGUCACAGACCUCCGCCACCUUACAGUUGUGAAUACAGUUACUGAUCCUGAGCUUGCUUACAGAAAGUAUAAAAGCGGCAUUUAACAACUUGCUUUAUAAUCUAAAUAACAAGGAAGAAAAACUUUUUUUUUUUUCCUGUGGACUGGAAUGGGAUAACUGCCCAAACAUGUGCACUUGAACCAACAAGGAUUGUUCUUAUGAAAAAGAUUAAAAGUGCGGACUCUGUAGAUGGAAGGUUUGGUCAAAUGUAGAGCCUUGCUGCCUUCUUUAAAGUUCUCGAAGGGGAAGAAAUCAGGAUAGCACCCACAGAGGAUUUCUUCUAACUUUUGUUUUUGGUCUGACAUGAAAUGAGGCUGGAAAGGAAACAACAACUGUCUGUAAAACUCCUUCAUUGAUGAUUUAUUUCAAUGUAGCAGCACUUUGUAUACUAAAGUCACAACUGUUUUGUGUUUGAAACAAGGCAGAAAGUUUUUGGUUAAAAUGGCAAAAAAAAAAAAAAAAAUGUAAGUGGUGUUGAACUGUUAUGAAUUUCCAUAAAAAAACAUUCAAUAUUUUACCUGAAUUUGUUUAUUUUAAGGUCAAAGGUGAAGUGGACUCAUUCAGCACACGUCUACAUUUGUUCCUUGCUUUUUGGGCUUCAAUGUCUCUUCAAAUACAGUCUUGUUAAACACUUUGA